UCCUGAGACACGUCAAGCAGCGUUCCCACACUGUGGUGCUCAUCCUGCACCUGGCUGUUGCAGACCUGCUGGUCCUCAUCACCCUGCCUAUAUGGAUCUACUCCCUGACGCCACCGUCAGCACAUACACUUGCAGCAUGAACUACUCAACAGAGCUGUCUCCUUCAGAGGAAAUGGCCCCUGAGGAGUUUGACGGCGGGACAGCAGUGGCUUGUGUGAUCCUGGGCCUGUCCUUCCUGGUGGGAGCUCCGGGGAACCUGCUGGUGAUCUGGACUAUCCUGAGACACGUCAAGCAGCGUUCCCACACCGUGGUGCUCAUCCUGCACCUGGCUGUUGCAGACCUGCUGGUCCUCAUCACCCUGCCUAUAUGGAUCUACUCCCUGGCCCACUCCUGGGUGUUUGGAGAAGCCUCCUGCAAAGCCAUGGUGUUCAUGAUCAACGCCUGCAUGUACAGCAGUGUUUUCCUCAUUACCCUCAUGAGCGUGGAGCGCUUUGUGGCCGUGCGCUAUCCCUUUGUCUCAGCUGGCUGGAAGAGGAAAAAAGCUUUGAAUAAAGUUCUGCUGGCUCUGUGGACUGCAGCAUUCUUGUUCAGCAUACCUGUCAUCCCAACUCAGGUUGUAGGGACGGAUUCUGGCGAGGAGCACUGUCUGUACCGCUUUUACACUUCUACGACCCAGGAGCUGGUGUGUGUGCUUCUCGAGACACUGGUGGGCUACAUAUUACCCUUCUUCAUCCUCGUGGUCUGCUAUGGUUGCCUGUGCAGCCGGAUUACUCAGAUGACUUUCAAGUCUAAGCGCAAGUCCACAGUCCUUAUUGCCAGUGUGGUGGUUGUGUUUGCCAUUUGCUGGACGCCUCAUCACAUAGGAAACAUCCUCUCACUCAUCAUCCUGGCCACUGUAGACUCACUCCCCGACGCAGCAGACAACCUGGAGAACGUCAGGAGCACCAUGACAUUCAUCGCUGGAGCCAUGGUCUUCAUCAGCAGCACUGUUAACCCCAUCCUCUACAUGUUUGCUGCUCGCUCCUUCAGGAGCUCCUUGAGUGACACCGGCAUCCAGAAGCUCUUCCGCCACAUCUCCAGCACCUCCCCAGGUGAGGGCAAUAAAGAGUUGUCCUUCGUGUCCAAGAGGCAGAGCAAUCAGACCAGCAGUUCUCAGUGUGUGUCGGAGUCAAAAGACCAAAUGGACAUAUUAAUAAAAAUGUGUGAAAAUAAUCCAUCCUGAUAUUGAAAUUCUAUGUAAUGUCUGUCAUGUGUAUACUGUUAGUAUUUUUAUGGAAGAAUUUUGUAUGAAACUAAAACACAGAAAAACAGGAAGUCAGAGUUUACUUGGCCAACUCUGUAAAUUACCUAUUUUACAUGUUCUGUUUUAAAAAGUUAUGUUGUUUCUUUUUUAAAUUGUGACCUUAUAUUUAUAAAUAUGACAUAUAGUAUGUACUUAGAUAAAUGCCAUAUAGUACAAUACAUAAUUUUCUAUGACAAGACUCAAUGAAAAGUUUUUAUGUUAUUUUAUAAUUUUGUUGAUGCCGAUAGAAUGGAAAUGUCAUUGAUUAGGUAUAAUUGAUUUUGUAAAAUAUUUCUUUAAAUGCCUGUAAAUGUGGGAACAGACACAGUAGGUUUCCAUCUGGUAAUCCAGUGUUUGUGUCCGCCACUUCUUACUUCUACACUUUUGCCACAGAGAAAUAUUUCACUUACAGCUUAUGUCUCAAUUCGAGAUACGACUUUAGGAAGUUUUCUCGUUCUGUGUUGGGAAACAUCUGUGAUACAGUCUGAUUGUGAACUAAUAAAACUGUUGCUCAAUUUACUCAAUGUGUUUUCUUAAUCAUAGAAUCCACAGCUUACAACAAAAAUAUUUUCUCUCCUGACGAAAUGGCAAAGAAUUGUCCUGGUAUCCCACUAAAAACGACAGUCAUGCUUUCAACUUCCUCUAGAUGAAAAGAUUGCAAAAUGAAUAACUGCAUGUUCCGUUUGUCGAGCAGCAAAAAGCGGAAUCAUGUCUAAACUUUGUCACAAGCUUAUAAAGAACGAACAAACUUUUAAAAAACAAGAACACUCUUAUCAAACAUUUUUAGUUUGUCUGCUGCC